AUGUUCUGUGCUGGUCGCAUCCCCCAGGAAGAUCUGGAUCGCGUCAUGGCAGCUUGUGGCGGUUCUAUUCUUACCACAGUUUCUCAGAUUGAUGCUUCUGUAUUAGGAAAAUGCGAAAAGUUUUAUGAGCAACAAGUAGGAAGCGAGCGCUAUAACUUUUUCGAAGGCUGUGCUCGUCAUCAUGCUUGCACUCUUCUUCUUCGUGGUGGUGCAGAACAGUUUAUUGCUGAGACGGAACGUUCCCUCCACGAUGCCAUCAUGAUCGUACGCCGGGCAAAGAAGAACGAUUCUAUCGUAGCUGGUGGUGGAGCCAUUGAAAUGGAGCUUUCGCGUCAUUUGCGGGCGAAGGCUAAAACAAUUGCUGGAAAGGAACAGUUCUUCUGGAAUGCGUAUGCUCGUAGUUUUGAAAUUAUUCCACAACAAUUGUGCUACAACGCUGGUAUCGAUGCAAUUGAUAUCUUGAAUAAGCUGCGCCACCGACAUUCGAUUGGCGAAAUCUGGGCUGGUGUUGAUAUCCACAAAGAGGAGGUGGGCGACAACCUUGCUGCAUGUAUCUGGGAGCCAAAUGUUUGUACAUUUGCUGUUGUCAACCUUAUUCUUCCAGAAUGCCAUUAUCGCUGCGACGGAAGCCGUUUGCUUGAUUCUGUCAAUUGA